AGUAUUUUCGAUCACAAUUCCUUCGAUACAUAUAAAAUAUUGGUUAUAUUUUAUAUGUAUCGAAGGAAUUGUGAUUUCUAUUGGUGCAUUUGUCGCUAGCCCAAAGUAGAGUUGAGAGAAUUUGACUCGAGUUACUCGAGUUGAUACAUCUCUAACACAACACAUUUUUUUUUAAAGUUAUGUUGUGGUGCAAUCUAUUAGUAUUUUAGAGUAUUUAUUUUCAUCUUUUAAUAUAUCUUUAGCCUAUAAUAAUAAUAUUUCAUAGCCAAUAAAUAUAUUAUGUAAAAUGUCUGUGGUACUACAAAUAGUAAUUUCAAUAAAUACGCUUUGUUUUAUGUGGUGAAAAUUGAGUGAAAAACAUGAGUAGUUUAUAUGUCUAAAUCCUUAAUCCAGUUUUAAGUUCAUUUUAUCCAACGUGAACAUUGACAAUACAUUAGAUAUAAUUUGCAAUCUUGGAUGAAGUCUUGGGCUGUUUAUUUGAUUAUCUAUUUGUAGUUUAACCAUUACAGUAUAACAAUGGGUGGCUGUCGCUGUACAUAUCGUACAUGCACUGUCAAGACUGAUGGAAAAACUCACAUGUUUCAUUACCCUGUGUUCGACAAAGUGAGGUGUCACCAAUGGCUACUUAAUGCUAACAGACUUGAGUUCUUCAAUUUGAAGGUGUCGCAGCUUAGAAAUAGAGUAGUUUGUCAACAUCAUUUCAAAGAUGAACAGUUCAUGAAUUAUAAGAAAGAUAAACUGAAAUGUGAUGCAGUACCUUCAGAAGAUGGACCCUAUUGCAAAACAAAAAAUGAUAAUUUAGAAAGACCAAAUAAGAUAUGUAAUAUAACUGUUCAGGAUAUUGAAAAUGAUAUUUUAACGGUAACUGAUAAAAAGGCCAAUUAUUCCACAAAAUAUGUAGAUUUCUUAAGGAAUAAUGAGACAAACAUUCCGAAUAUAUUGAAUGCAAGUACUCCAAUUAAAAAUAAAAGUUUAGAAGAGUACAAUAAUAACAUGAAUAUACAAAACAAUAUUCAGGAUUCAAACUGCAACAACAUAGAGUACUAUGUUACUGAUAAAUUAGAUAAUUAUAAAAAUAAUGAACAGCCAAGUCAAGAACAGAAAAUAAAUUUAAAUAAGAAUUUUGAUAUACAAUGCAAACAAGCAGUACCAGAGAUGAUCAAAAAGUAUCAAUCACCACCAGUAGUCCUGAUGUCUCCAUUUUGCAAUAAUAUUGAUGAAAAUAUAAUUAAAGUUGAAUUGGCGCCUAAUUUCGACAACACUUGGUAUACUCAACUAAACACUCUAAACCAAAAUGAUGUUAGAAUAUCAAAAGACCAACAAACACCAAUAUCAACAGCGAAGCCAACUACAAAUAAUAGAAUAAAAAUUAUAUCAGAAAAAAAAAUAUCUGAACCAUUUCCUUUGCCUAAAAAACUACGUAGAAUUUCUCCUACUUCAAUUAUUUGUGGACCUAAUACAGAAAUUAAGAUUCAGUCCAAUGAAGCAACUAAAAGUAAUAUAUUAUUAGAUGAUAAGCCAACAAAAUACUGUGUAGAAAUAGAAGUGGAUAAAAAAUACAAUAAUCAAAAUGUAGAACCCCAUAUUGGCAAAACAAAGGAACAAAAAACUAAUAAAAAUAUAAUGUUAACAAAUAAAACAUUUGAUAAUAUGGAAAUUGAUCUAUCUAAAAAGUCAUCUGAAAAUAGUAUUCUAAAUCUAGGUUUGUCAACAUCCCCCAAAAUUGCACAAUUAAAGAACAAAAUUUCUCCAGAGAGAGUAGCAGCAAUUGAAGAAAAAAGAAAGUUUAAUAUGAAACUGAGAGACAUUAUAGAAACUUGUUUUGAUAAAUUAGAUGAACCUUAUCAAGUGAAUGAAGAGGUUAAACAAACAAAUAAUACAAAGAAGCGAAUUAAACAAAAGGAGACACCUAAAAUCGAAUCCUACCAUGAUCGAGAUCUUGAGCAUUGUAAUACGAAUGUAUCUACUAUUGCCAUUUUAGAAGAACGAAUAAAGAAAAUGGAGGAAACUUUGUCUAGAAAAAUAGAUGAAAAUUCUGAAAAGAUAAAUGAAUUAAAGUUUUCAAUGUUACCUCAUCCUUUACAAACUAAAUCUGUCACCACUCAAAUUCCAGCUAAUGAAGAAUCUGAUAAAAAACGCCUUUAUCAAGAAAUAUCUAAAUAUUUAAGUCCAAAUGCAAAGAGUUUAAUUUAUGAAGAACUUUUUAUUAAUAAAUAUACUCAAAAACAAAAAGUUUCUCCGCCUUCCAAACGUCGCAAGGCUAGAUGACUUUUAUGAUAAAUUGUAAGAUUUCUUAACAAAACAUUUAAUUAUAUUUAAGCAUUUAAUAUAUUGUAAAAAUUAAUUUAAUUUAAACAUCCCAU